AUGAAUAAUGGUGUUGAAGUUGCGGAUGAUAAAUCACACAACGAACGACAUCCAUCAACCAACACAAAAGCACAUAUUUCUUGGCCAAGAGCACAUUUUUGGAGACAAACAAACCGACAACGUUAUCUCGUAAAAUGUAUGUGUUGUGCUACGGGGCGUGACAAGGAGAAUGGGACAGAUGCACUUGACCGUGGUGGUGGUGGUGGAUGA